AUAGUGACGUCCGAGCCUGUAUAAGUAAAGUAAUAAAAAAGUUAAUGUGUCAAAAGUAAUUUUGUCAGUCAGCUGCAAAAAAAAAAACUAAAAAAUUAGUCGUGUAUUUUGUGCGUUUCGUGGACUAUCGUAUGAAUAUUUUUGAAAAUAAUGAUUGUAAAAACCUAUAGUCGUGAAAGAAUCUCGUAAAUAUAGUGUUUUAUGUUCCCAGUGUUGCACAAAUAAAGAUUAUUAAGUGGAGCACGUCAGUGUGAGGCAAAAUGUUUUGAAAAUGAAGUGCUAUCUUUUUGUGGAACACACUUUAUUCAAAGACGCAUCAGUUUCUAAGAGAUAAAUCUAAAUCGUAUGGUAGACGAUGGAUGAUGAAGAAGCCGACUUGCGUGAGCAAAUAUUCCACAACAAUGUUCGGGAACAGAUUAUCUUCCUACUACUAUUUAUCUUACUGUAUCUCCUGUCGUUUAUGUUAAUUGAGAAGUUUCGCCGGCGCGAUGGCGAAGAUUACUUCACUUCAGACGAAGAUGAAGUCAAAGUAUAUCGGAUCAGCCUCUGGCUCUGCACAUUCGCCCUGGCGGUCUCUUUGGGUUCGGCACUCUUGCUGCCAGUGUCAAUAGUCAGUAACGAAGUGCUGAUUUUGUACCCAAACAGCUAUUAUGUGAAAUGGCUCAACAGUUCCUUGAUACAAGGGCUGUGGAACCACGUGUUCCUGUUCUCAAACUUGUCUAUGUUCGUGUUCCUGCCUUUCGCCUACUUGUUCUCGGAGUCGUCGGGCUUCCCCGGCUGCCGGGGUCUGCGAGGCCGCGUAUACGAGACCUUUGUGGUGCUCGCGUUGCUCGGGAUAGGCAUGCUCGGCUUGGCCUACGUCAUCUCCGCCUGGCUGGAAGGCGACCGAUCCAGUAUUGAUGCUUUGCUUAAUCUAUGGACGUACCUGCCUUUCCUGUAUUCAUGCGUGUCCUUUGUGGGAGUCCUCAUGUUGUUAGUAUUUACGCCGCUGGGUUUCGUGCGGCUUUUCGGCGUGGUGGGCGGCGUGCUGGUCAAGCCCCAGUUCCUCAGGGAUCUCAAUGAGGAGUACUACAUGUACUCCUUCGAGGAAGAGACCAUCAGGCGGCGCAUCAACAACGCUGUGUCUACCGGCGUAGGUUACAUAUCGCCGGAGCCGAUGUACCCCGACCGUGGGGACAUAUCGGCGCCGUUGGACGCCGACUUGUCCUUGUCGAAGGACAAACUGCACGCUUCCCCGCGCAAAGAGACGCCCUUGCUGCGGCUCAGAAACGGUGCCCUACAGGCCGGGCUUAAUGACAGACUACAAAAAGUCGUCGCUAAGAGAAUAGAAGUAGACCACCAGCGCAAGACGUCGUCGCUCCAACGCAACGUGGUGUACCCGCUGGCGAUGCUGAUGCUGCUGGCGCUCACCACAAUCACCGUGCUCAUGGUGCUGCAGAACACUCUCGAGCUGCUCAUAGGGAUCAAGGCGGUGCCGCUCAGCACACGACAAUUCACACUGGGUAUCGCCUCACUAUCAAAACUAGGCUGGGCGGGCGCGACGCUCGAAGCGUUCCUCAUACUAUACUUGCACGCGGCGUCGCUCACGGGUCUCAGCGCGCCAUUACGUGCAAUGCGCGUGUUGCCGCGCGCGCGCUGCACUCCGCUCGCCCGGAUCAUACCCACGUGCGCGCUGUUACUCGCGCACUCUACUGCGCAGCCGCUGCUUGUCAAGAUAUUAGGUAUAACAAAUUUCGAUUUGCUCGGCGAAUUCGGGCGCAUCGAGUGGCUAGGCAACUUCAAGCUGGUGUUGCUAUACAACGCGAUAUUCGCAGCCACUGUCACCCUUUGCCUCGUCAGCAAGUUCACGGCGAGCGUUCGCCGCGAACUAUACAACAGAUUCAAGUGGGUAGCCAAUAUAUUCACUAUGCCUGAAGAAAACCAAACUCCGAAUCUAAGUCUGAUGACUAGCAGAUUGUCUACUGAGAAAACUGUGAAAGUCGAAGCUAAGACGCAAGCAGGAGAUAUCUCAGAACAUGUGAAAUCAGAGUAAUCAAUACAAGAAAUUCUUAAGUCAGUUUAGUUCCUAGUUUGUACAAUGGAAUCAAAAGUCCACACAAGCUCUCUAACUGUACUGAUGAUAAGAUAUUUAAAUAAUAAAUACCAAAAGCAAUGUUAAGAUUCAAAAAUGAUUCCUUAUCUGUGAUGCUUGUUUUAAUGUUAAUUCAUAAGGUAUUAAGUGUAUGAUUUUGUAAAUGUUUUAUUGAUAAAGAUGUCUAUGAUAUUGUAAGAUUUUUAUUAUUUGUAAAUAACAACAAAUUAAACUUGAUCUAUACUUUGA